AUGCAAAAUGAAGAGAAACUUUCCCAAGACGCAUAUGAUAAAGCGAUCGAUACCACUUUGGUUCAACAUGAACGUCGGACAAGCAGCACAGACUCGCUACCAUUAUUAAUUAGUAGCACAACGAAAUCCUUGCUACGAACGACCGUCACUACAAAUGCUCCACCAUCACCCCAAAAAAUCAUCGUAUUACACCCCGAACCAGAAGAACAAUCAAAAUGGACAAAAGAACAGAGCUUGAAAUGGCUGCGUGAAUGUAAACUCGAACAAGGUAUUUGUGCAGUAAGUGAAGAUUAUGAUGAUGAAGCGUUAGUUAGUGAAGAAAAAGCCAUUGAAUUGGAAAAUAAUGUAUCAUAA